CUUUUUUUUUUUCUCUCACACAAAUUAUUAGAACCAAAAAUAUGAUGAAACAAAAUGUAUAUUUUCUGCUACUUCUUUUUGUUUCCAUGAUCAUAUAUUCACAAGCAUCUGGUCGUUUCUUAGCAAACAACCUGCAAGUGGAAGAGGAAGUAAAGCUUCCUAAAAAAACCAAUGAUGGAGACUCAAUUGACAAGAUGGGAACAACUAAUUUAAAUAGGUUGAUGGGACUAGAGGAAUAUUCAUGUGGGGAUGAAAAUGAUCAAGAAUGCAUUAAGAGAAGAGUUCUUGAAGAAGUUCACUUGGACUAUAUCUACACUCAACACCAUAAUCACCCUUAAUUAAGAGAGAUUAAUACUUACUUAUAGUUCAAGGAUUAAUUAAUAUCAAGGUAUAACCUUCAAGUAACGGUAAAGUUGUCUCCAUAUAAUCUAUAGGUCAUAGAUUCGAGUCAUGAAAACAACCAUUAAUACUUGUAUAGUAUUAUAUGGUAUAGAUUCGUCUACAUUACAUGAGGCCCAUCCCUGAACCCUGGAUAAAUAUCAAAUAUUUUGUGUACCAGACUGCCUUUUUUAAGGAUUAAUUAAUAUGAAACCUUUCAAUUAAUAUC